GGAACUCAAUGAAAUUCGUCACUCACGGAGACAAGCUAGGGUACUCAAUGAAAUUCGUGAAUCACGAUUUAUGACAAGUCAGAGAAACUCGUGACUCUCGAAUGCAAGUUAGAGAAAAUAAUGACAUUCGUAAUUCUAGAGUUAUCACCAGGAACUCCCAGGAAUCCAGGGAAUCUUUCAGAUCACGUAUUGCCUCAGAAACUCGAGACUCUCGGAAUCAAAUUAGAGAUCUUAAUGGAAUUCGUGGUACCAGAUUUUUCGACACCAGGAUCAACCAGAAAGCUGAGGAAACAAGGACCGCUGUACGAUCAAACAUAAAAACUCCAGUUGGACAAAUUCGAGAAACUCGUUUCUUAUAUCCAUUGAAAGCUGAGAAAUCAAUUGCAGCAAAUGCAGAUAACCUUCCUUCCUCAGAUUUAUCUGAAUCAUUCAAUUUGUUGAUGAAAGAGGAUUCUGCUUCCAAGAAUGAAGAACUUGAGGAUCAAACUCAGAAUGCUUCUCCCAGCCUCUUCAAUGCUGACCAGAUUGAGGAAAAUGACAACUAUAACUUCCCGUUCAUUUUUAAGAAUAUGGAAAACAACUUCAAGUACAUCACUGGCAAGCUAACAUAUUUCUUGAAUGAAGAAAAUAGAACUGCUCUUGCGACUGGUGUAGCUUGUAUGCUUCUCCUUGGAAGGACCAACAAGUAAUCUCCAAUUACAUCCAUAUCUCCUGAAACUUCUUGAUGUACUCCACUGCUUCAUAGAUCGUAUAUUGUAUUGUAGUUACUAGUUACUAACACUAUCCUAAAAGAUUCUCUGCAAUCCAGCUAGUUAGCGGACCAAAUAGAUUAGUAUGUAGAUCAACUUAUUAGUUGAUUCUAUCUAUUUUUAAUUAGUAGAUUAGCUGUUAAUUCUAAUGAUGUUAAAUGUAGCAAAUAACAAUUUGUUGAAGAAACUUCUAUUAGAGAGCUUUAUAGUUGUUGGUUAUAUGUUUGAACUUUGUUCUGUAGAAGCUAGACGGUAGAAUAAUGAUUGGAUUCUUGUUACCAGUCUCUAAAUUGUAAGAUUUUUCAGAUGUGAAGUGGAUAGUUAAAGUGUCUGUUCACUAUAAGAGGUAACAACCUUUUUUUGAUUGAAUUAUGUUCAGUGACUAGAAUUAUAAGUGCCAGGCUGUCAUGUUAACUACAUUUCAUCAAUAUAAAUGGUUAUAGGAUUAUAGAAAUGAUCAUUCUUCCUAGAAAUCAUUUCUUCUAGUUCUCUCCUAAUCUCAUGUAUUUGCUGUCUUCUCUUCUCUAGAGCACAGUGCAUCUUUUUAUCAAUAUUUCAAGGACAGAUUUUUGUUCGUUAUGCCCUUUUUCAAUUCUUCUUGUCAAAUAGAAUCCAGACUUUAAAACCCGGUAGUAUCGCGACUACCGAUAUUUUGUCAUUUCAUCAAAAAUCCUGAAAACUGUUCUCAAUCCUAAAAGUGAUAAUUUAAUUUUUCAAAUAUUUUCUCAGGGUAGUUCAUGAUCAUGAAUAUCAUAAAGAGCAUCAAGAAUUUUAUAAGUAGUUAUAGCCUGCAUUGUUAGGAAUUGUUCGAGUAGUUCUCAACAAAAUCGUAUAAUCUUGUUACCUUCAUUUAAUAAAGCAGAAAGCGAUUUAAAUUUUUAAUUCUAUAGAAAAACACCUAAUAAUAUUGAUGUCCAGUCCACUUUUUCAGAUUAUAAUGUUUUGGAUUAUUAUGUGUAACAUUUGUUACCUCUUGAAAGGAAUAUUGCAACAAAUUGUGAUGAAAAAUGGCUGUUAAUUAUAGAGAUUUUAUUAUGUACAAGAGAGAUUUGUAAUAAUUAUCUAAGAUAGAAAAUAUAUAAGUAGUUUAGAUUGGUCAGUAUUGGCAUUAUGUAGAUGUACAUGAAACUAUUGGAUACAAUAGUAAAUGAGUGCAUUUAGUAUUUAGAUACCCCUGUUAUAAUCACUGCAUGCUAUUAUUAUAGUGUUGUAAACAGUAGAGCAUUAUACAUACCUCUCAAAUUGAAUUAUAUAUGAGCAUUGAAAAGCAA